GGAGGUUGUGUGACCUUUAACAGGAGUCACCUAAGACAAUCAGAAAACACACAUGUCUAACACUGAGAUUCAUAACAGUAGCAAAAUUACAGUUAUGAUGUAGCAAUGAAAUAAUUUUAUGGCUGAGGGGUACCACAACUUGAGUUACUAUAUUAAUGGGUCACAGUAUGAAGACUAUCCUUUUAAGGGAAAGUGGAGAGAAUAGAAAGAAAAAGAAAAGAAAAGAAAAGAAAAGAAAAGAAAGAUGGAAGGAAGUAAAGAAAGAAAGAAAGAAAGAAAGAAAGAGAGAGAAGAGAGAGAGAGAGAGAAAGACAGAGAGAGAGAGAGAGAGAGAGAGAGAAAUGGUGGUAUAGACCUGACUCUCUUGCAGUAUUGUUAGGGAAAAUCACGUGGAGACAUUCAGCUGUGUGAGUGAGAGGGAAGAUACUCACCCUGUAGAUUCUAUGACCUCAUAAUGGCCUUGCACUAUUACAUCAUCACAUCUUGCCUAGCAAGUCAGUGUGGUUUUUGAUUGGCUGGAAGUCCUGCUUCACAGGGAGGGACGCUAUGCUUUGUCUUGUCAUCCUGGUCAAAAACCUGGCAUUGGGAAAGGUUAUUGGCCCUGGAAUGGAACCUGCUCUUGUUAUUUUGCCUAAAUGAUUGAAUUGUCUUCCAAAUAUUUCUGCUUAAUACCCAUAGAUCCAUGGGAAAAGUUCCUGUAGGGGAGAGCAGUCGAUGGCAAAAUAUAGAACUGUUCAGAGUACUGAGAAUAAGAGAGUAGGUGCUCAGCUCUGUAGGACAGCCAAUCAAUCACAGCAGCACCAAGAUUCAGGGACCAUCUUGGAAAAGGAAGAAUGCAAAUUGAGAGGCUGAGGAGGAGUGCUUGAAAUGCUUUCUGGACCUGGCAUGGCUGACUAUCACAAUCAUGAACUCACAACAGUUCUGUGGUUACCUGCAUAAGAUCUACCUAAGAUCAAGCCAGACAAAACGGUAGCAUUGAUUGAGUAGACAAUCUCCUCUUACUGAGGUGUUAUUGGCAGUGGGUAGUUGUCAAGGAAGGGUAAGUUACUCUAUUUGGAGGAUGUGUCCACUGAUCCAUUUCCCAUGAUCUAUUGGAUUUCCCUUUCUCAUGCACAUAUAGGCAGCAUUAACUGUAGCUAGUGGAUAUGGUGGUUUCCUUAGACUCACCAAAUGUUCCCAUUUGGUCACCAGUUGGUGGCAUUGCUUGGGGAGUUUGAGGAGGUACAGCCUUGUUAGAAGAAGUAUGUGCAGAAGAGCGAGUGCUGGCUUUGAGAGUAGGUAGAGUUCACUUGUUUAUCCUAGGGGUUGAAGUGGUCUCGAAGCUUCCUCCCCUGGCCCCUGCACACCCCUGCUCUUCUUCUCCUUAUGCACUCUUACUGUGGAACCAUAAGGCCAAAUAAAUGCUUCCUUCUAUUCAGUUGCCUUGGCCAUGGUAGCUCAUCAGAGCAAUGAGAGGGUAACUACUACAGUAAAUCAUAAUAAUAUAAAAAGAAGUGAAGUUGGAAUGGGCCCUGUUAGGGGGACAAAGAGAGGGGAAAUGGUAGGGUAGAUAAUGUUCCAUUGCAUACUUCUAUGCCAAGUCUUAAAAGUAAGGAGAUGAGUGCAGAUGCUAUAAAAUUAAAAUAAUGGCUUUCUUUUACCCCGCACUAGAUCUGCACUAGAUCUGGCACCAUAGUGCCCCAAGACAUCUAGAGGAUGUCUUCAUCUCAGUCAGCAAAGCGCUUCACCCACUCCGCUCUAUCCCAUAUCACACUGCCUAUGGCUACUCUCUGAGCCUGGCAACAAUCUCUACCCAUCUAGUUCCCAAGGCAGGCUGCCACCAUGCCAGACAUACACAUCCCAAUUCCAUGGCAGCCCAGUGUCUCCAGCCACCACAAACUCUCUUGAAUUCAAUUAAAUCACCACAUGAAAGAACACACAACACAAUAACUCUGAUCCAACUGAUAAGAUAUAAUUGCCCACCUAAACAUACAAAGCCCUGUACACAGCCAUCCCUUAAGAACAUUCAUAACGACCUGUAAACGUGCAGAGAGGAAUCUUAACAUCAGCCUCCAUGCUCUCUCCACUGCUUCUUCCUUCUCACUCCAGUCUCCUCCUCCUCUCUAAAACUUUUUUCCUGCCUAUCCUUCCUUCUUGUCCAAUGACAGGCCUCAUUCUAUUUUGACCUGCCUACACCUGCGUGAUAGCAUCAUCCUACAGGGCACCACAGCGGCAUAAAUUUGGUGGGAGUAACCAACCAAUAUCUGAUUCAAGUUAAGGCCACUCCAUGAAAUGGAACCCAUCCCAACACUGCUAGGUGCCUAGGAUCCUAAGGCAAUGCAGCUCAGGGAUCUAGGAGAAAACCAUCUACCACUGUUCUGCUAAAACAAUGUGACCAUAAAAUGACUCCUACAUCCAUAGAUCUGUGCCUUGCUAAGCUGUGCCAGAAGCUUCCUCAGCAGAUGGGGAACAAUACAGAGACUCAUGUCCAAACAAUAUGAAGAGAGAGAUUUUUUUGAAACACCAAGCCUGAAAGGGAUUUCUCCAUCAACUCCUUCUCCUCAGGCCUCAGGGAGCUCUGCAGAAGAGGAGGCAGAAAGAUUGUAAGAGCCAGAGGGGAUGAAGGACACCAAGAAUCAAGGUCUUCUAGAUACAAGAUCGGAGCCCAUAUGAAUUCAGAGACUCCUGCAGCAUGCACAGAGCCUACAUCAGCCUGCACCACAUGGGGUCCUAGAGCUGAAGAGAAAUAGGCACAUGCCCUCAUCCCUGUCACAGAAACUCUCACCUAUGGAUAGACACUUGCAAACAAAAUGAGUUUUCUCUAAGGGAGACUCCUAGGGGAAACAAACCACGCUUUGGGAUAGGCCUCAUGCCCAGCAGUAGAUGAACAAACAGCACAAUGCUAUCUCAGUGGGGGAUCGGAGAGAUGGCUCAGCAGUUAAGAGCACUGGUUGCUCUUCCAGAGGUCCUGAGUUUGAUUCCCAGCAACCACAUGGUGGCUCGGUAAUGGGAUCCAAUGCUCUCUUCUGGUGUGUCUGAAGACAGUGACAGUGUACUCAUAUAUAAAAUAACUAAAUCUCAAAAAAUAUUUUUAAAAAUUAUCUCAGUGAUGUCUUCAGAGAUUCUCUGUCUCAAAAUGUCAGGGCUUUUUUUUUUUUUUUUUUUUUUUAACUUACAGGUCCUUUGCGGAAGUAUUAUGGUUUCUGGUCUUGAAUUUGUAUAUGAUUCCUCUCUUCCCUGUCUGUCUCUCUGUCUCUCUGUAUCUCUCUCUGUAUCUCUGUCUCUGUCUGUCUGUCUGUCUCUGUCUCUGUCUCUCUGUAUCUCUCUCUGUAUCUCUGUCUCUGUCUGUCUGUCUCUGUCUCUGUCUGUCUGUCUCUCCCUCUCUCUCUCUCUCUCUCUGUCUCUCUCUCUCUCUCUCUCUCUCUCUCUCUGUGUGUCUGGAUCUAUGUGUUUCUUGUGUUUUUUCUUCACCUCUUUUUCUUUUUGGUCACUGUGUCAUAUGCUGAUAUGUUUGAUUUAUUUUUAUUUGUAUUAUUAUUCCUUAAAUGCCUGUUUCCCCCCUUAGGGAGAGAUAGAAAGGGUGUGACUUUGAAUGGGAGGGUAAGUGGGAAGGAACUGGGAGAAGUGGGGGAGGGAAAACCAUAACGAGAAUAUAUUAUAUGAAAAAAUAUAUUUUCAAUAAAAAGAAAACCUUCUAGGGAAUCUAAACAAAGGGUCCUAAGCUGACGAGUCACGAGGUCAGCUCUCUGCUGUCAUUACUUUCUAUGGUGGGAUUUCCGAGGGCAGGGGCUUCAAUCUCAGGUUUAAGGAUGAAAGCAGGGGCAUCCAUCUCUAGCUAAUUCAGUUGAUUUUAUCUCAGCACACAUAUCCUAAGCACUUCCCCAGGGCAAGGCUGACCGACAUUUUUAUUAGCAAUAAUCUCUGCCUUCUUCUGAUUAUCUGGAGAUUUAAGACCACAUAAUCACCCUCCGCGUCAGAGGUGGGGGGGGGGGGCGGGGAGAACUGGCUAAGAGGCCCAAAUCCCUCCUAACGCUUGCUUCUUCCCUAUCAGCAAGAUUAGAGCACUCAAGUCUCUCUGCCACUAAGUAUUCAGAUCUGGCAGGCUAGCCUGGACUUUUUCAGGCCAGGAGAAAGAGCAGCUUUGAGAGUAAUGCCUGGGGCCCCAGUCUGCUGGUCUCUCUAAAACAGUACAGGGCAGUGAACGCUAGAGACAGGCAAGGGGUCUGACUCCGAACGCCAUGCUGAAACAGAGCACCGAGAGGAGAUGGUCCUUGAGCUACAAGCUCUGGAAUACCUCAGAGACUGAGGAUGUGCCCAACACUGGAAGCAACCAACACCGUAAGAGCAUCUGCUCCAUGGGAGCCCGCACUGGCUCUCAGGCCAGCAUCGCACCACAGUGGACCGAGGGCAACUACAAUUACUACAUCGAGGAAGAUGAGGACUGCGGGGAGGAGGAGGAUUGGAAGGAUGAUCUUGCUGAAGAGAACCAGAAGCCCGAGGGCCCCCCAGCUCCACUGGAUGGCCACACUGACACUCCAACCCAGCUGUCUACGCUAAAAGUAAACGUAGGCGGCCACAGCUAUCAGCUGGAAUGCUGUGAGCUGGCCAACUACCCCAAAACGCGCCUGGGUCGCCUGGUCACCUCCACCAGCCGCAACUGCCAGCUGGGCCUGUGCGAUGACUACGAGGCAAAGACUGACGAGUACUUCUUUGACCGUGACCCGGCGGUCUUCCAGCUCAUCUACAACUUCUACACAUCAGGGGUGUUGCUGGUGCGAGACGAGCUGUGUCCACGAAGCUUCCUGGAGGAGCUGGGCUACUGGGGCGUGAGGCUCAAGUACACGCCACGCUGCUGUCGCAUCUGCUUCGAGGAGCGGAGGGACGAACUGAGCGAGCAACUGAAGAUCCAAAGGGAGCUGCGUGCGCAGGCGCAGGCCGAGGAGGCCGAGGAACUCUUUCGGGACAUGCGCUUCUAUGGACCACAGCGUCAGCGCCUCUGGAACCUUAUGGAGAAGCCCUUCUCUUCCGUAGCCGCCAAGGCCAUGGGGGUGGCCUCCAAUCUCUUCGUCCUCAUCUCCGUAGUGGCCCUGGCGCUCAACACGGUGGAGGAGAUGCAGCACCAGGCGGAGCAGGGCACAGGUGGUGGGGACCCCAGGCCCAUAUUGGAGCACGUGGAGAUGCUGUGCGUGGCUUUCUUCACUCUGGAGUUCCUGCUGCGCCUCGCCUCCACCCCCAACCUGCGGCGCUUUGCACGCAGCGCCCUCAACCUGGUGGACCUGGUGGCCAUUCUGCCUUUCUACCUGCAGCUGCUGCUGGAGUGCUUCACGAGCGAGGACCAGAGGCAUGGCAAGGGCUCCCCACGGGAACACGACCUGGAGACCGUGGGCCGUGUGGGCAAGGUGGGCCAGGUCCUGCGCAUCAUGCGCCUCAUGCGCAUCUUCCGCAUCCUCAAGCUAGCCCGCCACUCCACAGGUUUGCGGGCCUUCGGCUUCACGCUGCGCCAGUGCUACCAGCAGGUUGGCUGCCUGAUGCUCUUCAUCACUAUGGGCAUCUUUUCCUUCUCUGCAGCGGUCUACUCGGUGGAGCACGACGUGCCUGGUACCAACUUCACCAGCAUCCUCCAUGCCUGGUGGUGGGCUGCGUGGCAAGGUAACAAACUCCAAACAUCCCACCCUCAGGACCACAGUCCACAGUGGAGAUUUGGAUUCUCACAAGCACUCCCAAGUAAAUCCACUCUUCCUGAACCCACCACUGCUCUUCUUCCUAAGAAUAAAAGGAAUAUGCAUAUGGCUGGUGAGUAAUUGUACAUCUGUGACCC